AUGGAGGACCGGUUCCUGAUGAUGAGUCCAGAGGGCAUGGAUGUAAUGACAAGAAAAUUUUUGGAAAUGAAAAGAAUGGACAUCGUGUGUCGUAGAAAGGAGCUUCAAAAUCAUAUAGUUGUUGGUGGUGUUGGCUUUGGAGGGGUUUUUGCUUUCGACAAUGUUGGUAGUUAUGGCUUCAGCAUGGGUGGUGGAGGGUUCGGAAAUGGUGGUGGUGUUGGGUUUGGAGGUGGUGGAGGGGGUGUAGGGUUCGGCAUUCGGGGUGGUGGUGGCUUCGGCGAUGGUGGCGGAGGUGGGUUUGGAGGUGGUGUUGGUUUCGGCAAUGGUGAUGGAGGUGAGGUUGGUGCUUCAGCAAACCAUGUGGAUGGUGGUGGUUUCGGCAAUUGUUAUGGAGGUGAGGUUGGUGCUUCGACAAACCAUGUGGAUGGUGGUGGUGGUGUUGGUGGUCAUUCUCCGGUCCAAGUACAUCCAGAUGGUGGUGGUCAUUCUCCGGUCCAAGUUCAUGCAGAUGGUGGUGCUCACUCUCCGGCCAAUGUGGAUGAUGGCGAUGGAGGUGCUAGGGGCCGUGGUGGUGGUGAUGAUCUUCGCAACAAUGAGGAUGUUACUUGA